AUGAAAUUCAAGUGGUCCUCUUGUCUCGGUGACCACAACAAUCCUUCUUCCCACACUUCCUCAAGCACCCAUCAACGCAUUCUCUCCUAUCCUCCAACGAAUUCGUCUGGUACAACCAACAACAACAACAACAACUCGCUACAACAACAUCCUUCCAGUAGUACCACUCCACUACUUCAAUCCUCUCAACAGGGUAAUUCUUCUUCAUCAUCAUCACCAUAUCAUCACAAACGAUCCAAAACAACCUCUCCUCAUUCAUCAUCGUCCAAUACUAAAUCUAUUUUCGGGUCCUACAAGAAGAAAAGCAGCAAGAAGAAUGGUACAAAGAGCACACCCACUUCCGGUAACAGUUUCUCACUCAUUGGCACUAAUAACAAACACUACAUUUAUAAGCCUUUGAAAAAGUUAAGCGAUAGUAGCCAUCCUCAUCACGAUGGUGGUGUACUUUCAUCCAAUAGUAGUGAUGUUUGGCAAAUUGAAUUGAUUGAACCGAGUGAGCUUCGUGGAAUUUAUGCUCUCAAGAGAAUUAAAUUAGUGGACGACCAUGAUCAUGGUGGAGAUGAUGAUACCACAAGUUAUGGAUCUAAUUUGUUGUUGAUGAGAUCUAUUCAAAAGCAAAACAACAACAACAACAAUAGAAAUAGCAGUGCUUCGUCCUCCUCAUCGUCAUCAUCGAGUACCAUCAGAAAUAACCGAGCCAGUAGUAAUAGCAGCAGCACAACGAGUGCAGAGGCUGAGAAUGGACAUUCAACCACGAACCAUUGUGUUGUUUCCUUGUUUACCUCCGUUCCCAACUCGACGUCGGUAAGCACAGGAUCAAACAAUGUUACUACUACUACUACGAAUAGUACUUCAACAACGUCCCUGAGCAGCUUAACCCCUCAUGCUGCUGCUGUUGUUACUACUACUUCUAUCGAUGAGGAUGAUCACGGAAAUACAGAAACCGUUACUCCUCCUUCCACAUCUACCACCAUGAACAUCUCUCCGGGUAGUGCUGGUUCCGUUCCAUCCUCUUCAACAACAACCAAUUCCCUCAAAAACUCUCAUCAAAAUACCAACAUUACAUUAAUGGACUUGCAACAUUUAAAUAUCGUGACCUAUAUCGAUACAUUUAUUUCGCAAAACAUUGGAGGAAAAUUUUUAAAUAUUUUACAAGAAUUUUGUACAACAUCGUUACAAAAAUUAUUCCAAUUGAAACAGGACAUUCCUUUGAAUUAUCAAAUUCAGUGGUCUCUUCAUAUAGCACAAGCAUUGAAAUAUAUUCAUGAUGAAUGUCACAUUAUACACCGUGAUGUGAAACCUGAUAAUAUAUUAUUGAAAAAAGUUGUGUUAAAUAAUACGUUGACGAAUGGUGGAACUCCUACGAAUGCUACAACACCUCAUUCUCAUUUAACGCCUCAAUCAUCUACGAAUAAGGAAGGAUCGACAUCGCCUUCAUUACCGUCACAACAACAGCAACAAUCGAAAUUAAUUAUCAAAUUAGCUGAUUUUGAUUAUGCCAAACAAAUUGAUGUCAGUAAUGCCAAAACAUUUUGUGGCUCUCAAGAAUAUAUUGCACCUGAAAUAUUCAAGUAUGGAUAUUACAAUCAUCAUGUUGUACAACAGAAAAAGAAGUUACACAAUCAUGUAACCUCAACAAGUCUGAAGCAAUCAUCAUCAACUGGAGGAUUGUCUCUAACUACCAAUAACAACACUCCUACAACUAACACGACCUCAAAUUAUUAUUAUUACACAAAUAAGGUAGAUAUAUGGUCGUAUGGUGUGGUUGUUUAUCAAUUAUUAGUGUCACCUUUAAAAUUGAAUCAUUUACCAAAUUUUAGAGAUGAAUUGGCUAAAAAUCCAAAUUAUGUUCGAAAUUUACUGAAAGAUUAUUUAAUGGAAGAUCAUCCGAUCACAGUCAUUCAGGGAUCUGCAACAUCAACAGGCACCAGUGACAACAAUGAUCCUUAUUAUCCUGAAAAUGUAACAAUUAGUUCUUCACUCACGAGUCAACAAUUACAUCAGCAAUGUAUGGCUCAGGUUGUUGUGGAUUGCUUGCAAUUAGAUCCAAAUCAAAGACCAGAUGCCAAAGAUAUCGUGAGAAGAAUUGAAAUUAUUUAUUAUCAUACCUUCAAUAAGGGUUUAAACUCGGUGCAGAAAUAA